AUAACGUUAUUUUAUUAUCUCAUGUUUUUGACAAAUGGAGACCCAAACGCAUGAUAACGUGAUUGAUAUUGCUCUCUCACUCCCCCCCUCCUUGAUCGGCGACGCCGUAACUUCAGAUGGCAAACCACUCUCUCAACGCCGGAAUGAGACGCAUCAGUUUUAUUUUUGGCGUAAGAAAUCUUUAUAGCCACGCAGAUACUCGCGCUUCUGCAUUUGCAGAGAAGCAGAAUCUGAAGAGCUUAAUUGCGGGAUUCAAACCUUCAAAGCGGAGUCCAUUGCCAGUGCUUCAAAAUUGGAUCGAUCAAGGCAACAAAAUUUCACAAUCGGAGCUGAAAUUCAUUUCCAGAACACUUAUCAAAUCCAAGCGUUACAACCACGCAUUUGAGGUAUUGCAGUGGAUGGAAAACCAGAAAAAUUUCUGCAUAAGCCCAGCUGAUCAGGCCAUGAAAUUGGAGUUAAUCAUUAAAAAUUGUGGCCUAAUGGAAGCUGAAGAAUAUUUUAUGAGUAUACCUGACUCAGCUGGAAAGAAAGCUGCCUAUCUCCCACUUCUACGUGGCUUUGUAAGAGACAGGGACAUCAAUAAAGCUGAGGCUUUCAUGGAGAAGCUCUAUGAACUGGGGCUAGUAGUGAACCCUCACCCUUAUAAUGAGAUGAUGAAACUAUAUCUUGCCACAUGUGACUACAGGAAGGUACCCCUAGUUAUCCAGCAAAUGAAGCGAAAUAAAGUACCAUGCAAUGUUCUGUCCUACAACCUUUGGAUGAAUGCUUGUGGAGAGGGAGACAGUUAUGGGGUUGCAGCAGUGGAAGCAGUUUUCAGAUUAAUGCAAAAUGAUGAGAAAGUUGAGGUGGGUUGGAGCAGUCUUGCUACUUUAGCCAAUGUUUAUAUGAAAGCAGGACAAUCUCAGAAAGCCAUUCUGGUUCUAGAAAAUGCUGAAGAGAAACUAUCAACCUGUAACCGUCUGGGUUACUUCUUCAUCAUAACACUAUACGCCUCUUUGAAGCAAAAGGAAGGAGUCUUGCGGCUGUGGGAAGCCAGUAAGGCAGUCGAUGGAAGAAUCAGUUGCGCCAACUACAUUUGCAUACUAACAUGCUUGGUUAAGCUUGGGGACAUAGCACAAGCCAAGAAAAUCUUCAGAGAAUGGGAGUCUAAUUGUGUUAAAUAUGAUAUUAGAGUCUCUAAUGUUCUUUUAGGUGCAUAUGUGCGGAAUGGAUUAAUUGAAGAAGCUGAAUCAUUGCAUCUCCACACAUUGCAAAAGGGUGGUUAUCCAAACUACAAGACGUGGGAGAUUCUCAUUGAAGGAUAUGUCAAUAGGCAGAAGAUGGAUGAGGCUAUUAUUGCCAUGAAGAGAGCUUUGGCUUCGGUGAAAGACUGUCAUUGGAGGCCACCACAAAGACUUGUAUUAGCUGUAGCUGAAUAUUUGGAGAAAUGUGGGAAUUUUGAAUAUGCAAACGAAUACAUUACAGAUAUUCAUAAUUUAGGUCUUGGAAGUUUAUCUAUAUAUAAAAUAUUGCUUAGAAUGCACCUUUCUGCUCAAAAACCACCUCUUCAUAUCCUUAAAAUGAUCAAUGAAGACAAAGUUGAGAUGGAUAGUGAGACAUUUUCCAUUCUUAGAGCCUUCACUGGGCACGUGACAUCAAAUUGAUUGCUUGUUGCAAGAUGUACAUUUUUUUGUUUCCCUCAGAAUAAACUAUGUUUUGUGUAUAUAUCCAGGCCGAAGUGUUUGGAGGCGAAACAGUAAUCUGGAAAGUCAACUUUUUUCAUUAGGUGAAUAUUUUUUAAUAGACAAUUUAAUAUUUUCUAUUUCCAUACGGAACACUAUUAUUUAAGUGAACACCGAAAAUAAUGUGCAAUUGUAUGAUACGAUUAAGAAUGAAGAUUUUGUAUGCCAUUUUUAUAAA